UAUUCAAGCACAUGGAAACAGUGAAUUGAUGGACAUGCUUAUGUGAUUUUUGUUUUCCAUUUAACUUCAACAUUUAAUACUAUUUGGAUUUUUUGAAGUCCCCUUGUUUGUAAAGAGUUGUUUAUAUUUGUACCAUCUUGUCUGAUGUAUGUCUGUCUCUCACUCACCUGGUUUAUCCUUGGUAGAACUACUAGAUACCCCCUGGUUAGACCGUUGUGAAAUAUGUGGUAGGCACCAGGCAUCACUGUGUGCAGAUUGCAUGUUCUCCUUGUGGGAGCUUCAGUUUCCUGUCACAGUCCAAAGACAUGCAAGUUAGGUGGAUUGGUUAUGCUAAAUAAGCUGCAGCUGUCCCACAAUCCCUAGUUAAGAAAAUGAAUGGAUAAUUCUUAAUAAAGUGGUAGUUAUAGCAACAUUAUUGAGCUUAUUUUUUUAACUUAGUUUUCAUGUUCUCCUCACGUCCAUGUGGGUUUGUUCUGGAUGAUCUGGUAUCCUCGUGUAUGUGUGUGUGUGUUCACCCUGUGAUGGGCUGGCACCCUGCCCAGUGAUUAUUUCUGUUUGAUGCUUAUUGGCAUAGGCUGCAGAUUUUCAUGACCCUGAUCAGGAUAAGCAGGUUUGUAAGAUUGAUGGAUGGAUGGAUGUGUUAUUUUCAUUUUCCGGCUAAUGUUUUGUUUUCUUGCUAUAUGGAAAAGGCUGCAGUUUGUAACAUCAUACUUCUUUUCACAGCAUCAUGUUGUCGUCGUUUUAAUUUGGGCACCAGCAUUUUGAGUUUGUUGUGGCUCUCAUUACAUACUAUCUAUUGACGACUAGAAGAGGUGACAUGUUGCAUCAUUCACUGCUGGUAUACAAGAUGUUAUUUAAGAAGGCGAGGUGGCCCCUAUAAAACCAAGCCAGCCACAGACCUGAGGCACUGGAGGCUUUCCAAUGUUGAAGGGAGGCAGUGCUGGACCUUUGAGGAUGACCGGGCCUCUGCACAGCGAGAACAGACUUUGUUGGAAGUGCACUGUUUGGGAAGCGAUAAUAAGACAUUUCCAAAUUAUCAACCUGCUAGUAAUGCACAAGAAGCAGCCCUCAAUGGCAUGAUGUUUUACAGUAUCAUACAAGCCGAAGAUGGACACUGGACUGGAGACUACGGAGGUCCACUCUUUUUACUUCCAGGUCUACUGAUUACCUGCCAUGUUGCGAAGAUUCCACUGCCUGAAGCCUGGAAGGCUGAGAUGGUACGCUAUCUGCGUUCUGUCCAACUCCCGGAUGGAGGCUGGGGCCUGCAUAUUGAAGACAAGUCCACAGUGUUUGGCACAGCCUUAAAUUACACUGCUCUGAGGAUUUUAGGAGUUGAGCCUGAUGAUCCUGACCUUAUACAUGCCCGAUCCAAUCUUCACAAGAAAGGAGGAGCUGUUGGAAUUCCUUCAUGGGGUAAAUUUUGGCUGGCAAUCCUGAAUGUUUAUAGUUGGGAUGGAAUGAACACUCUUUUCCCAGAAAUGUGGCUGUUCCCUCCCUGGAUGCCAGCACAUCCCUCAACCCUAUGGUGCCACUGCAGACAGGUCUACCUUCCCAUGAGUUACUGCUAUGCUGUACGACUUACAGCUGAAGAGGAUGAGCUUAUCCUUAGCUUGAGACAGGAGCUGUAUAUUCAAGACUACUCAACCGUCGAUUGGCCGUCACAGAGAAAUAAUAUUGCUCCUUGUGACAUAUAUACUCCUCACAGUGGACUGCUGUCAUUGGCUUACAUCAUUCUCAACAUAUAUGAGAAAUAUCACAGCACAUCGCUAAGGAAAAAGGCUAUUGAUGAACUUUAUGAGCAUAUCAAGGCUGAUGACAGAUUCACCAAAUGCAUCAGCAUUGGGCCGAUUUCCAAAACAAUUAACAUGUUAGUACGCUGGUAUGCAGAUGGUCCCACAUCUCCUAUAUUUCAGGAGCACAUCUCUAGAAUCUCUGACUAUCUGUGGAUGGGCCUUGAUGGCAUGAAAAUGCAGGGAACCAAUGGCUCUCAGCUCUGGGAUACCGCCUUUGCUGUACAAGCUUUUCUUGAGGCAGGAGCUCAGGACAAAUCCGAAUUUGUAGAUACUCUCAAACAUGCCCAUGAGUUCUUAAGAAUUUCCCAGAUACCUGAAAAUCCACCAAAUUAUGUAAAGUAUUAUCGUCAAAUGAAUAAGGGAGGCUUUCCCUUUAGCACCCGGGACUGUGGGUGGAUUGUUGCUGACUGCACAGCUGAAGGGCUGAAAUCUGUGAUGCUGCUUCAGGAAAAAUGCCCUUUCAUCACAAACCACAUAUCUCAGGAACGGUUGUAUGAUGCUGUCAAUGUGCUGCUAAACAUGAGAAACUCUGAUGGUGGUUUUGCUACUUAUGAGACUAAACGGGGUGGCAGACUAUUGGAGCUUUUAAAUCCAUCAGAAGUGUUUGGUGACAUUAUGAUAGACUACACGUAUGUCGAAUGCACAUCUGCAGUGGUGCAGGCUCUCCGGCACUUUCAAGAGAAGUUCCCUCAACACAGAACACAAGAAAUCAAGAACACAUUGCAAAGGGGUCUGGAGUACUGCAGAAACUCACAAAGAAAUGAUGGCUCAUGGGAAGGGAGUUGGGGAGUAUGCUUUACAUAUGGAACCUGGUUUGGUCUAGAAGCAUUUGCUUGCAUGGGUCACAUCUAUCAGAAUGGUUCUGCCUGUCAGGAAGUCAUGGCUGCAUGUGAUUUCCUGCUAUCUAAACAAAUGGAGGAUGGUGGAUGGGGGGAAGACUUUGAAUCUUGUGAACAGAGAAAAUAUAUUCAAAGUGACCAGUCUCAGAUACACAGUACCUGUUGGGCACUUCUGGGGCUAAUGGCUGUCAGAUACCCUUAUGUUCAUGUGAUAGAGCAAGGAAUACAACUUUUGAUAAAAAGACAACAACCUAAUGGUGACUGGCCUCAGGAGAAUAUUGCUGGUGUAUUCAACAAGAGUUGUGCUAUCAGCUACACCUCCUAUCGCAAUGUGUUUCCCAUCUGGACUCUAGGACGUUUUGCUCAGCACUAUCCUUCCAGCUCUUUGGCUGGAAAAUGCAAAGUGUGACUUCGGAGACUACUAGAUGGAUUUCAACCUUAUCAGAUAUGUAUUAUACAUACAAAAUACUUGUAAAAUUUCAUAUACGUCAAUGAAGUCUGAAGAAUCAGUUAUAUUUUACAAGAAUUAUAAGUUUAUUUUUUAAAGAAAUCUUUCUGAAUUAUAUGACCACUCUGUAUUAAUACUGCCAUGCAAUACCAGUCAUUAACUUGAUCAUUCAGAAUUGCUAAUAUAAUAUCUUAAAUAUUCCAGGCAUGUUGAAAGGAGAAAGAUAAGAAGACUGCUUUAUAUGUCAAAAGAACUUUUAUUUUUGCUGCUUAGCCUGGUGCAUUUCCAAGAAGAUGACAACUCCCAGCGUUUCACUCACAAAUCAGUGUCAAACUGAACACAAUAUACAGGAAACCUAGAAGCUGAAGAAAUUUGUAAUAAUUACUGGAUGAAAUCUUUAGGUUAUCUUAAGAAACAGCUAAUAACCACAGCACACGCUUGACAGAGAAAACAAAAGAAACAGGAAGUAGUUUGACAGAAACAUGGGGCAUUGUCGCUACCCGAUCUGCAUGCCUACCCGAUUUGCGUGCGCGCAGGCGUAUUGAAAGCCUAGCAUGCCGUAAAGUGUUAAUGCAUGCGUUAAACAGAUUGGGCAGCACCGUAAAGUGAGCGAUGAUGUAUUCGUUCUAUACGUAUGUAAUAACACACUCCACAUGCGCUUAAUUAAAAAAAAUAAAUAAAUAAAUAAAUAUAUAUAUAUGCUAAACAUUUCGCUUUACGGCAUGGAUCGAUCUCAACUGCACAUGUCGAUACACAACUGACAGUAUAGUAUUUUCAUUUCAAUACUUGUAAUAGUUGACCGUAAUGAUAUUAUUAAAUAUUCAUUGUACAUUCUGUUUUCAGGGCUGAAUUAAGCUUGUCGUACUCCUCAUUAUAAACGUUAAUUGUUUAUCACUGAUAUCUCUUCGUUUAGUUUAUAUAGCACUUCUUUUUUCAGUUCCCAUUGUACAAAGAAGUAUAUCACCAUUGCAUAUGUUGUUAUAGUCUACAUAUAAAAAAUAAAUGACGGUUUUAAAAAUGUAUGUAUUCAAGUACUUGAAUUAACUCGUGUCAACCUUACGUUGCAUUUAAAUUCCAUUGUCAAAUAGUUCAGAUAUAUAACAAUACAAUAAAUAAAGUGUGAACUAAAAACUGAGCAAUCAUACAAAAUAUGUUCAAAAUAUUGGCAAGAUGUCAUAUAUACAGUAAUGUUAAAGUAACCAGGAUUAUUAUUGCAUAAAUGCACAGCAGUAUAGAUUAUUAUUGCAUUUUAGUAAAUAGUCAUUACACAUGACCUACACUACCUAAAUUAAUUGUACAUGAUCAAUGAAAACGAUUUCAGAUGGAGUAGAUAUACAAGUUCAAUAAGUUUAUAGCGUUAGACAAAAAAAAAAAACUAACUUUUUUUCCCAUUUGUAGCAUACAGAUUGAUCUGAAAUAGCUGCCUGAUGGGAGAAACUCAAAACAAGUUCUGUCCAAGAUGAGUGUUCUCCUUGAUGAUGUUUUUGCCCUUCUUACAAAGGGAAUCUUGUACAGAUGAUCAAGUGAUUGCAGUUCAGUUCCAUUAAACGUCCUGUGAUGUUUUUAUGAUCCACUACAGGGCUUGUUUGGCAGGUUUGGUGCAACUGUUGUACCAGGCUGUUAUGCAGUUAGUCAAAAUAAACUGUUGAUGUACUUUUCA